AUGGUCAAAGCAGUCGCUGUAUUGAGAGGAGACGCCGGUGUUUCCGGUAUUGUUCACUUGGAACAGGCCUCCGAAAAGGAACCUACAACCAUCUCUUACGAGAUUGCCGGUUUCAAGUCCAACGCCGAGCAGGGGUUCCACAUCCACGAAUUUGGUGACAACACCAACGGCUGUACCUCCGCUGGUCCUCACUUCAACCCUUUCAAGAAAACUCACGGUUCUCCAAAAGACGAGGUCAGACACGUUGGUGACAUGGGUAACAUUCCAACCGAUUCCAACGGUGUUGCCAAGGGCACCUUGACGGACUCUUUGAUCAAGUUGUUCGGUCCUACCUCUGUUGUCGGCCGCACGGUUGUGGUUCACUCGGGCAAAGACGAUUUGGGAAAAGGUGACAACGAAGAGUCUCUAAAGACCGGUAACGCUGGUACGAGGCCUGCUUGUGGUGUCAUUGGUAUUUGUAACUAG